CUCUCUCCCUCUCUCCCUUCUCUCUCUCCCCCUCUCCCUCUCUCUCUCCAACAACCUUCAUCCAUCCUCUAACUCUCCCUUUUAAUUCCAACAAACCCCAUUAUUCUCUCCUACACAUUCUAUUCUUCUUCUUAUUCUGCUACUACCACUUCCCAAAGAGUUGAACCCAGCAAAUAUAGCUCCCCAAAUGGCCUCCAUCUCCAAAGCUUCUCUCCUCAUAUUCCUCUUCUUCUCUCUCCAUUUCUUCCCUGUCAUCUCCGUCGAGUUCCUAGUCGGUGAUGACGACGGCUGGGCUCUUCCAUCAUCAAAGAGUGGAGAGCAAAUGUACAAUGAAUGGGCAUCCCAUAACCGGUUCAAAGUCGGCGACACCGUUCAUUUUAAGUAUGAGAAGGAUUCAGUAAUGGUAGUGACGGAAGCUGAGUACAACAAGUGCCAUUCCGCCCAUCCCAUUCUUUUCUCCAACAAUGGCGAUACCAUCUUCUCACUGGAUCGUCCUGGUUUGUUUUACUUCAUCAGUGGGGUUGCAGGGCACUGCGAGCGAGGGCAGAAGAUGAUCAUCAAGGUUUUGGAGCCGCCGAGCCCGCCUUCGGUCCCCAAACAGAAUGGGACGUCAAAUUCGUCGAAUUCGUCUCAUAGCAGUGGUGCAGUUGACAUGGCUGCUGCCAUUUCUGCUUCAACAGUUGGGCUGUUCAUCAUCUCUUUCUUUGGGGUUCUUCUGUUCUAAUUGUUUUGGUGCUUCUUUCCUUUAGUUGGGUGAUUAUAAAGACAGUGAGAUUAGUUAUUGCUAUUAUGAGAAUGACUUAAUUUGAUUCUGAAAUUUUAA